AUGUCAAAUGUAGAUUUGUCUAAGGUUGUGAAUUGGCCACAAUCUUUAAGCAAGCUCACUUUACUGACAGAGCUUAAGUUAUCCGAGUGUAACCUUCCUGAUGUCAAUCUAAGAUCACUUUCCUUUAUUAAUUCUUCCACCUCUCUUCAACUCCUUGACCUCUCUGUUAAUCAUCUUAAUUCUUCAAUAUUUUAUUGGAUAGCCAAUGUCAGCAGCAACUUUGUCCAUAUUCAUCUCUCUUACAACAAUCUUAAAGGUCCUAUCCCAGAUGUCUUCACAAGCAUGCUUUCUCUAGUAACACUGUAUCUCUCUUCCAAUCAACUUGAAGGUGGGAUACCAAAAGGCUUUCAAAAUUUAUGCAGCUUAGAGUUGUUGACCUUAUAUCGCAACCAAUUGUCUGAAAACAUUGAGGACUCUGUUAAAACCUUGUCUUGUGCUGAGAACACACUUGAGACCUUGGACUGGGGUUUUAACCAAUUUUGGGGAUCGUUGCCAGAUUUCACACGUUUCUCAAAGUUAAGCGUGUUAUAUCUUGACAGCAAUCAAGUAAAUGGGUCUGUACCCGAGAAUGUCGGGCAACUCUCUAGCCUUGAAACAUUAUUUCUCUCCGAGAAUUCUUUGAGUGGUGUCAUAACAGAAGCCCACUUUUUGAACCUAUCUCGUUUACAGUAUUUGAGUCUUUCUGGUAAUCGUUUCUCUAUCAACCUGAGCUCUGAUUGGAAACCACCGUUUCAACUUACUGAUGGGUUAGAUAUGUCCUCUCUCAAGUCUCCAUAUUUAAGGUCUGUUGACAUUUCUAAGAACCUGUUGUCUGGGGAGCUUCCUAAUUGUUGGAUGCAAUUUCAAGAAUUGCGAGAGUUGAAUUUGGGAAAGAAUAAAUUAUCUGGAAAAAUACCAAGCUCUUUAGGCAAUCUACAGGGAAUUCAAGUAUUGCGUUUACAUGAUAACAACUUUUCAGGAGAAUUGCCUUCUUUAGAGAACCGUACCAGUUUAUUGAUGGUUGACCUUGGCAACAAUAACCUGUCGGGAAAGAUACCAACAUGGAUUUGCCAAACCCUACCAAACUUGGCGAUUCUACGCUUACGGUCCAAUGAGUUCAAUGGAAUCAUACCCUUCUCCUUGUGCACUCUAGCUGCCAUUCUUGUAUUGGACCUCUCUCACAACAAUAUUUCCGGAGGCUUGCCUCAUUACUUUAGUAACAUAACCGCUUUGGCUGAUGAUUUUGGAUAUGAUGAUGUUAUUGUGGAACUUGUGUGGAAAGGAAUAGAAAUUGAGUUUGGGGAAAAUCUUGCUGGUAUGAGAAGCAUUGACAUAUCAAGCAACUAUUUGAUUGGGGAAAUUCCACCAAGUAUAGCCAGUAUGACAGAGUUGAUUUCUCUGAACUUGUCUAGAAACAAAUUGACGGGAAAGCUUCCUGAAGACUUUGGUAACAUGAAGAUGUUAGAAUCUCUUGAUUUGUCAAGAAACCGGAUAUCUGGUAAAAUUCCUACAAGUUUUGCGAGCUUAAACUUUCUUAGUGUCUUGGACUUAUCACACAACAACUUGUCAGGAAGAAUUCCAUCAGGCACCCAACUUCAGGGUUUUAAUGCUUCUCAAUAUAUGGGAAAUCUUGGACUUUGUGGACCACCGCUGACACAAAGUUGUCCAGGAGAAGGAACAGUUCAAGAUGAUGGAAUUGCGAGAGGAACUAAAAUUGAUAACAAAGAACAGAUUCCUGGACAAUGCAAAAGAUUGGAUUUAUGUCAAAACCAAGGCAAAAGUGCGGAGGACACUUCAAAGAUAAAUGGAGAUUCUGGCAUUCGGGGAAAUGAGCCUAAUUAUCCCAGAAGUGGAAAGAUUCAAGGCUUAAUGUUGAAGGUUUUCAGAUACCACUUAAAGUCCCCCAAAUAUGAGACUACUCAAGAUCCUGGUAUAUCUAGUGGCAACGGAAAUGAGAAAACUGAUGGUAUCAGAAACCUAGGAUUUUAUUACGGUAGUGCGUUGCUUGGAUUCUUCAGAGGAGUUUGGGAGUCUCUGACACUUUACUACUACAGUCUUCAUAAGAUGAUCUUCAAAGUUGCAGCCUACUGUUAUGUGGAAGAAGGAAUUAGUAGCGUACUCCAGAGUAACCAGGAUAUGAGAGAAUAUAGCAAUUUUGCUUUCUAA